UUGCAAAAAUCCCUAACGUAUAUUUAUUUAAGUCUUUAAAUUUUCUAAAAUGUUUCAAAUGUCACUGUGCAUUAUAUGUAUUGUAUGUGAUUAUCUAUAUCAGGAGAAGGUAUAUACUUAUUUAUCAAAGGUUUUAAUACUGUUUGAAGAUAGGAAUUAUUAGCAUCUUAGUAAGACAGACUGUCCUCCUUUGUUUUUUCUUGAUUUCGUAGGGAAAUAUGUUUACAACUGAACAUGGUGACAUGACAAUCAUUCAGUAGAGGAGGGGCUAUUUAGCCUAAUUGUGGUUUUUUGUUUGCCAGUGGCCUACAGCUCUGAGCUUCCCACUGUGUGUGUAUGCCCUGUGGUUAAAACCACACCUUGCAAAAGCAUGAUGUGCAUGUGGAAAUCACAUUAGACAGCCACACAGAAUCAACAGUUGGCUUCAAAGAGCCUUCCUGUCUCUUCCAGUAAAAUUUCUGCUUUUGUAGCACAUCCCAACUGUUCACUGAAGUUACAGGAUAAACCUGAAACUUUUGCAAUAAAUGUCAGCUUUGCAAAAUCCUCCAAAAAGGUGUCACCAGUUUCUUGCAUUUAUUUGCAUUUACAUCCUGUAAAAUACUUAAAUGUAGUGCCCUUAAAGCAAAAAAAAACCCUGAGUAGUCAAAAAGACAGCCAUGCAGUGAUAAACAUGGCCUAAACAGAAGUAAUUUCAUUUUUAUGAGCUGGAAAAUCUGAAAGGUAGGUAAGGCCUGCCAGCUCCCACAUGGUGAAAGCCACCUCUGCACAUUAUUAUAAGUGCACUGGUGAAAGACACAAGUUUUAUAAACCCCCUGGGAGCGUUCAGAUCUGGACCAAGUCUUGCAUUAGCUCUAGAACAGAAUGGCUGUGAAGAAACAGCUGAGCCUUCCCCUCCUGCCAUGCCUGCAGCCAGCUCCUGUGCCUGCAGAUGGUCCUUUGCCUGCUCUGGAGCUGCUCCUGCUAGGUGUGCUAACCUGCUCCUUGGGCAGCCCCAGAGCCUCCUCCCGGCAUGAAGAUGUCAAACCAUUUACUCCUGAGAAAACCAAGGAAAUUGUGAUGUCGCUACAGCAACCUGCAGUCUUCUGUAACAUGGUUGGCAACUGGCCAGCCCUGAACUGGAAUGUGAAAUACCUUUCUGCUGUGUUGGAGGGAAAGACAAUCCAGUUUAGGCUGGGCUUGAAGACAGUGGAUUUAGUUCCCCAGUUUGAAACCAGUUGCAGCUACGUGGAAGCUACACUUGAGGAGUUUUUGGCUUGGAGUUUUGGGCAGCCUUCUUGUCUCUCUGGACCAUUCAGUUGUUAUGAUUACUCCAAAUACUGGGCUUAUGCUGACUACAAGUACAUUGCCAGGAUAUUUGAAGACAAGCCAGAAAUAUUCCAGGAUGUAAGGUGGUCUGACUUUGGUUUUCCUGGAAGAAGUGGAAAAGAGAGCACACUGUGGAUUGGUUCUGAAGGAGCAAACACCCCCUGCCAUUUGGACUCCUAUGGCUGCAACUUAGUGCUGCAAGUACAAGGAAGGAAGAGAUGGCACCUCUUCCCACCUGGUGACACCAGUUUCCUUUAUCCUACCAGGAUCCCUUAUGAGGAAUCCAGUAUAUUCAGCAAAGUCAACAUUGCCAACCCUGAUCUGAAACGCUUUCCUGAGUUUAGGAACUCAACAGCCCAUGUUGUUACACUCAGUCCAGGACAGGUCCUGCUCGUUCCAAGGCACUGGUGGCACUAUGUGGAAUCCAUUGAUCCUGUCACUGUCAGCAUUAACUCUUGGAUUGAACUGGAUGCAGAUCAUGAAGCCCGUGUAGAAGAGGCCAUAACUCGAAUGCUGGUAUGCGCCAUAAAAUCAGCAGAAAAUCCCAGUGAUGGAGAUCUCUGGCUAAAUCCCACGGAGGUUGAGGCAACAUCCCAUGAAAUCAAUCUUCAGUACCUGAAUAAAGCAGUGUCUGCAUACCUCAAGUGUCAGGAGACAAGUGUGUCAGGACAGGCACGUUCCAGCAGCACCGGUGCAAAGCAGAGGACAAAUACGUCAUGCAAAAGGAAGAGAAGGGAAGCUGGCUGUGAACCAGAGAGCUGCACAUUACUAUCCCAGGAAUGUGACUUUCCAACACCCAAAGCAGAAGAGCUGCAGAAAAUACCUUUUGGGCCUCAUCUUAUUCAGGUUUUACCACAGUCUCACAAAACCAGCAUGAUGGGUGCAGUUGCAGUUGAAAGUGACAGUGGAGAUCUCUGUGAAAAUGAAGGAGAACAUUUUGGAAAAUUACAGUGCAAGAGGAAGAGAUUGUUAAUGAGUAAUGACUGUGAGACAGCUGCACAUCAAAUGGAUUCAGACUGCAGUCCAUGCACCUCACAAACAGCCCUUUCUACCAAUGACUUGUUAGACUGUCUGGUUAAUCCUCGUGUCAUCAGUUUAGUGGCUCAGCUGCUGUUGGAGAGAAUGAGAGUGUGAUGCUGGAGUGCUUUAUCAUUGCUGAAACAGAAAUCAAACAGCAGCCUUGUUCUGCGUGUUUAAGAUCUGUAAUAAUUGAAUGUUCCAUUUCAAGUAAUUUUUAGGUACAGAUAGACACAGUUAAUGGUUAAGUGCAGGUUGAAGUUGAGCUGAAAGAAGAAUAGCUUGUUAGUGAUGGCUGGGAAGAGAAAGGUAUGUUUAGUCAGAGAGCUGCUCAAUGUUAUGAGAGAGCACACACAGUCACACUCCCACCGUGCUGUGCAGGUGGGAUCUUCACAGUGUUCUACAGCUCUGAGCUGGAAAACAAGUAUGGCUUGAUGCUGGAUAGCAGAGGGAGUGCUGGGACAUGGUCCCAGGGGUGGGAGCAGAUAGAUUGACUGACUGUAGACUGCAGUCCUUGGCCACAUUUGAAGUAAAAUGGGCAGUAAGCAAUCAGUUGAUUACAUUAGAAAUAAUAAAUUCAGGUAAACCUAAACCUCAGCCAAGAGACAAUGCACUUACUAAUGCAUUUACUUCCUCCCUUCCACUAAAUAACUUCAGUUGUGUCACAAAGCUCUAGGCUGGAGUGAGACAAAAGCCUUUAGCAAGAAAGUAGCCUUUAACUAGUUCAGAAACUCUUGAAGGUGGGAGAAUAAAGGCAUUGGGAAGUUGCUGCUAUUAUUUAUUUAAAGCCAGAUGUGCACAGUCCCCUAUCUCUAAGAAACAGCAAAACAGCUAUGACUUUUUACAUCUGUCCUUCUCUUUACUAUAACAAUCAAAAUGUAUUAAUAUUAUUUUUUUGGUUGUAAAUGGUUGCUGUACAAGGUCAUACUUUCUUCAAAGGAUAGUAAUCCUUGGAUUUGUUUUUGAAGGUUGGGUUGUUCUUUGAUUGAAAAGUUAGGGAACGUGAAAUAUAGGCAAGAAGGUUUGUUAACUCUGUAGCUAUACCUGGAGACUUGAACAAAACCUGGGAAGAAAGCUGCUGGCACCUUCCAGGAUGCUCUCACCUCCUCUGAUUUCUGUUUGUGGUGGCAACAGAGGCAUUUUCCCUAACUGCAGUUUCAAGAGACAGCUUCUGCUCCUGUGAAACCUUUACUUUUAAAAUGUCUCCUUGCUUGUGUCUGCUAGAGACCAAGAAACCAGUUUCUAUCAUCAGCCUGUUCCCAUAGCCCUAACCUUGCACCACCAGCCCUCCAGCUGGUAUUUCCUUUGCUUGCUGUGUGUUCCCUGCUAAAUACAUGAAGCUAGUGCUGUUUCCACAAUGAUCACCUUCCACUAAUUUAUAGUUGAAAAAUCCUGAUUGCAGAGGUGCUUUCUCUCUGCUUUUCUUCAGAUUGCAUGUUGGCAGGGCCCUGAUGAAUUAUGGUAAGGGCUUUAGAUAUGCACCAGGAGAUCAGAAAUUCAGGAAACUUUGCCAUUUCAAAAAUCUCCCCAAAAACCUAAUACACUUGGAAGAGGAUUAAGUUGAAAAGGCGCAAAGGUUCACGUUUAACAAGCACAGAAACCUUACCCUGAUGGAAACAGCUGUGUAUGUAGUUUGCUGGAGACCCUGGCUUUGAAGAGUGGCUGUGAGUUAGCAGCAGAGGCCACACGAGCUUCAUCUCUCACCCACAAAAGGGCUGUUUCCAGUGUCCUGCUCUGCCCUGGUAAUUUGGCUCAGACCCUGAUAACACCUCAGCAAUUGUGAGAAAAUCCACUGUUCUUGUUUCAUGUUUCUACACCAAAGGGUGUCAGUGGGGUUGCACCCUUGCAACCAGACCAGAAUUUAAUAAACAAUCCUGUUGAUACAGUU